UUCGCGAGCUUCGAAGAGCUCUCCAAUGGCGCUCAACUCCUCGCUGGUUCGCUUCAUCUCCGCCCCAAUUGCCCCCUCUCGCCGCCCUCUCUUCGUCCGCGCCUCUGCCUCCUCCUCCGCCGUGCCCCGUGCUCGCUUCUCCGCCCGCAGCUCCGAGUCCACCACCGUUCAGCAACUCCAACGCCCUCUCGCGGAGUAUAUGAGCUUGCCAGCGAGCCAGUACUCGGUUCUCGAUGCGGAGCGGAUCGAGCGGGUCGAUGAUAAUACCUUCAGAUGCUAUGUCUAUCGGUUCAAGUUCUUCGCUUUUGAGGUGUGCCCUGUGCUGGUGGUCCGUGUGGAUGAGGAGCCCUAUGGCUGCUGCAUUCGCCUCUUGUCUUGCCGACUGGAGGGCUCGCCAAUUGUGGUUGCUCAGAAUGAGAAAUUCUCAGCUUCGAUGGUGAAUAGAAUUUCCUGCAAUAAGCGUUUGAGCAGCAACUCUUCAUCGCAACAGCUCACAACCGACACAACAAUUGAGGUUAUUAUCGAAAUCCCGUUUGCAUUUAGAGCUAUACCAGUGGGAGCAAUAGAAUCAGCCGGCACUCAGGUCCUGGAACAACUACUAAGACUAAUGCUACCACGAUUUCUGCGUCAGCUCGAGAAGGACUAUCAAGCAUGGGCUUCAGGUGAUACCUCAAGGCAGCCUCUUGGUACCGGUAAAAUUUAAUGUCUUUAAUGUAUAAUGUUUGUUGUUUCAGGCAUCUCUAAACUUAAAAUUACCACUGCUUUAAUCAAUUGUUAGUGAUAGUAAUUACAUUCAUUAUUAGUGUCGCGUCUUUGUUUUUUCCAUCAAUUAAAUGAAUGCUUUUUAUGGGGA